AUAUAUUUCAGUUUUCGAUGAUGAUUGUUAAAGAGUGCUGUGUUAUGCCAUAGAAUUUUUUUAUAUUUAGUUUCUGUGUUUAAAUACCAGUUGUAUUAGAGAGCAACAACACAAUUUUUAUAUAAUUUAAUAAGUGAAUUGGUUUGUUGAUGAGAAAGUGCUAAGACUAUAAAGAAUGAGGAUACAUAAAUAGCUUAAGCUUAGUGGAUUUGGAAAGAAAUAAUGACAAAACUAGCCAGCACUCGUCGGGCACGUAACCAAGCUGCAUCCUUAGCUAUACCCCGCCAAAACUCUGUUUCUGACAAUGGCAAGGUGCGUCAAAACCUCAGUCCAGAAGCUCUAGCAUCUAUGAGCAAGGAUCAACUUCGAGCAGAAUGUAGGAAACGUGGCCAACGGACUUCAGGCAACAAAAAUGAGCUGCUCGCCCGCUUAGGGUACUACAAGCUGGCGGCUGCAGUGCAAACAGAUACGGAGCAAAUACAGCGUCCACGCAACGGGCUGCAUCACGCGCCUUCGAAAGAGAUUAAAACUAAAGCAGCCCCUAUGGAUACCGACAGUUUAGUGCUAUGGAGGAGACCACUCACAACUUUGGAGUACUUUUUUCGGGAACUAUUUAUAUUAUGCUCUACGGGUUUACGAAGACUGUUAGCGUACAAGGGAUUAGUAGUAUCACUAAUUGUUCUAGUCUGCGGUGUCGCCGCCUCAUUUUAUGUUGAUGGCCCUCAUCAGCCCUUUGUGCAGGAGGCAGUGCUGACCCUCGCUUGGUGGGGCUGGUGGGUGGUACUCGGUGUUUGCAGCUCAGUAGGUCUCGGAACAGGCCUACACACAUUCCUCCUAUACUUGGGCCCGCAUAUAGCACGCGUAACACUUGCCGCGUACGAGUGCGGUGGACUUAAUUUUCCUUCGCCACCAUAUCCCAAUGAUAUAAUAUGUCCAACGGAGAUUGACCCUCAAUACACUGUGUCGAUAUGGAACAUAAUGGCCAAGGUUCGAAUCGAGUCUAUGAUGUGGGGUAUGGGGACUGCGUUGGGGGAGUUGCCCCCUUACUUUAUGGCCCGAGCUGCUCGGUUAUCAGGGGGUGGAGUCGCUGAACUUACCGCUGAUGACGAUUCCAAAACUGGCAGGGCAAAAGUAAUGAUCCAAAAACUGGUACAACGGGUUGGUUUCGCUGGUAUACUUGCGUGUGCGUCUAUACCAAACCCAUUAUUUGACUUGGCCGGUCUCACGUGUGGACAUUUUCUCGUACCGUUCUGGACUUUCUUCGGGGCGACGCUUUUGGGCAAAGCAGUAAUCAAAAUGCAUAUACAGAAGAUGUUUGUGAUAAUUGCGUUUAAUGAAACGCUGGUCGGCCAAGUUCUCCAAUGGGUAGAACGGAUACCGUACAUCGGGCCCAAACUGGAGGCUCCCUUACUGGAGUUCCUCAGGAACCAAAGAGCUAGAUUACACAAAAAUUCACCACAGACUGACAAUCAAGGCUCAGUCCUCUCUAUGUUAUUAGAAAAGUUUGUUCUAGCCAUGGUUCUAUACUUUGUGGUGUCUAUAGUGAAUGCACUCGCACAGAACUACAGCAAACGCUCCGCAAAGAAAAAGGGCAAGAAGAAGGAUUAGGGUUUGAAGGCCGCCGAAGCGGUCGGACUCGCAUGGCGGAGGACAGACACGACUCAACGGCAUCGGUAGUACAUUAUGAUGCUUUAUACUCUAUUAAUCAGAUUCAAAGUCGAGCUUUAGUAUGGCUCCCGUACGCCAAAUGAAUUUCGUUUUUGAAACUCGAUUCUGAAUCUGAUGUAUGAUUAACGCCAAUACCAUAGACUACGCCGAGCAUAGACUGUAGAGGCUAUUAUUUAAUAUUCGAACUUGCUUAGAAAAUGGCAUUAAAGGGGUAAUUGAGAGUAAGUUUAAAUGAUUUAAACGAUACAGCUUGGGUAUUGUAAAUGUCGCGUUAGUCAAUAUACACAAUAUUUAAAAAAAAAAGGAACCUGUUUAUUGCAACACUUACAUUACCUAAGAUGUCUAUGCUAUAAAUUUAGAUAUUGUCUAUGAUGCAUUUAUGGUUUUAAGCUGUCCACAUAGACGCAUCGGGAAGAGUCAAUAAGUGAAAUAAGUGACGCAAUUUUUGUAUUUUUAGGUACCACAUAGUUACCUUAGAAAAUAAAAUUUUAUUAAAAUAGUAUUCUAAAAUAAUGUUAAGAUAAAUUAACAUCGUUUUUCAUACAUAAAAACAAUGGUUUUUAAUUUUUAUUAAAUAUAUUAAAGGAUAUUUUGGUGUCUAAAUUUGCUGUUUAUGUGUGAAAAUGUGUGUUUGUAAUAAAAAGCUGUAUAAUUAAACAGCUAAUGCACGACAGAUUAUAUCUUGCCCAAUUAUCUGAUAUAUAUUAAGUUAGGGUCGAAUUUAUCUAUAAGCUUGAUAUUAAAAAAUAAUAGUAAUUUCAUUAAACUAGCAAUUGUUGAAAUAAAAGUUAAAUAACUUAUGAAUCGAUUCAAAUUGUCUGUGUAUUACUUGAAAAAUAUAAUAGUUAUAGCAAUUGAGUGUGUUCAAAUGUCCCAAGAGCUUGACAAUUAUAAAAUGUGUAUGUAAAAAACGCACAAGUAAUUAAUUGCAUUUAUAACAAAAAUGAAAAAAAAAUGCUAAUUAAAUAUGGUAAAAAUCUACUUCUAUAAUUUUUGAUUAUAGUAACAUAAACAAUAGACUAUGAGGUCCUAUUCUAAUUGGUCAAAAAGUAAUAAUGAUAAAGUAGUAAUGGUCAAGACAAUUACAGUCAAUUCCAUCUUGUUACACUUUCAAUAAUUUAUUUUUAACUAUCCCAAAACAUUCUAAUCUCUUGGAUAAUAUAAAAGACAUUAACUUUAAGAAAUGGUGGCUUAUAUCAUAUAUAGUAUUUAAAGAUUUUUCUAGUGCAUUGUUACCAUUAUAUGUAACAUAAUUUUAAUAAAGAUACAGCCAGAGAUGUUGAUAUUUAAAUAUAGCAAUUAUGAAAGAACAAUUUUCCAAAAAAUUGUUCGCCAAUAAAUAUUUAUUAGUAAAAGUUUGCGGGAUGACAAGUUAACUAAAUACAAUAUCGUUUCGUAAGUUUAUAAUAAGCCGCGGAGAUUCAGAAACAAAAUGAAAAUGGCAGUACACUGUGCUUUAUCUGCGCGGGGUAUAUGUCAAACAAAAAGACAGAUAGUGUCACAUGAUUAGACUAGAAAUGUACAGUGCCACAUACUUUUCUUGGUCGGUGAGAUUAAAUAAAGGUACAACAAUACUAUUGAGUUGUAGUGUCAAAACUUAGAUUGAAAAAAAAAGGAGACUUGACAGAUAUUUUUUAUUAGUAAUAGACAAGUUGUUUUGAAUAUAGUAAAUCACAAAAACUACCAUCCAAUCUUGUGUAUAUCAAGUAAGGGUUUUCUGCAGAUGAAUAAAAUAACAGAAUGAGGUGGUACCCCAAUGUGUAAUGACUAGUUUAAAUUAUUAAGCAAUUUCUUUUAGUGCUUCUGAGUAAAAUUUUAAACAAAUUUUUUUUGCUAGUGACUCAUAAAUAAGAAUUUAUGAAGUCUGAUGAAAGAAGUCAUCUACAAAGUUUGAAAUAUCCCAAGAAUUUAUUUGAAAAUCCCGUGAGCCCAAGCGUUUUUAGAUUUCUUUAUUAAAUAUUAAUGUUUACGUAGAUAUAGUUUUAAGGUGUUUCUACAUUCCACGAAACAUUGCUAUUCAUUAGCUAUUAUUCUUUGCACGUAAUUUAAAACUUUACAAAUUCUAAUAACAUAUUCUUCUAUAAUUAAAGACAGUAUAUACUUAGUACUUUUUUGACUCAUUACACAUUACUCUAUUGGUCUUUAAUGAAAAUUUGCACCUUUAAUUGAUUGUAAGCUAGCUAUAAAUUGUGUCCAAUUGAAAUAGUAAUAAAGUUGAUUACUCUUCAAUAUUAUAUUAGAUUUAAAAUAUAUUUCGUUCUUCUUGUUCCUUUUAUUCUGAAUGCAUAAAAUAUUAAAAACAUUGAAAAGUUAAGAAUUUUUUCCAAUAUGUUUUUUGUUUUGUGAGGUAUGAUGUUUCCAUUUAGGCAUCAAGGCAAAUUUAAUUUGCUUCCUAUAUUGUUGGUUUUUCGCAUUAUGUAUUGCAUAUAUGAAUUAUGGAUUGUUUAGUUAUAUUCAAAUGUUAUUGCUUUAUAUAAACUCAUAUUAUUUUGUUAUCUAAAAUAUAAGCGGUACAUUUAGUACAAAAUCGGCUAAGUAAUUUAAGUUUGUGGCUGUAUAAUCGAAAACAAUAAAGAGUGGUUAAAAAUUG